AUGGGGAAAUGGUACCAGUCAAUGUGGGAACGAGGUGUUUGCUUCCAUUACAUUGUGAGUGCCAUGCCACAUUUCAUAGUAUACUCAUCCAUCAUGAUGAUUUCAAUGCUCAUUGUAGUAUCCUCAGCUUCACAUGUGCCAGCAGCAGGUCUUUCAUCUUUGGGCACCUCAAGAUUAGUUGUCGUUGGCGGAAUAGCUGAACUCAUCGCUGGUACUAUUUCUAUGGACAUUGGUGGUUUCUUAGCAUUUUCAGCAGAACAGGAUCAUUGCCAUUACAUGCGACGCCACAUACUAGUAUUGGCUUGGGGGCAACAGAGUUGCAUUGAACAAAUGGAAAGGGAAGUAUGUGCUGUACUUGUGCCCGCAAUCACCAAGUGUCUCAGAGAUGCUGAAUUUGACCUUAAAGUCAGUGCAAACAGUUCAUCGUCAGACGAAGGAGUGCAGUUGCUGAGAUGGAAGGACCAAGCCGGUCUGACAUGGUUUUUACUCAAAUUUGGAGAGGAAUGGGAAAUCUCGAUUCGUCAAGUAUACUCUUCAGUGCUGAUAAUUGGCUUCGGAUACUUGGUUGGCGGAAUCAUUCCCCUCAUUCCAUACUUUUUUGUUCAGCAAGCGCAUGUAGCGCUCGUAUACUCUUGUAUUGUCACAGGCAUCGUUCUGUUGAUAUUCGGAGCUGUGAAAGCUCGAGUUAUGGGUGCUGGGCAUGGUGUUGGAGGCUAUGGUACUAUAUGGGGAGCAGUCAGCACUUUAUUAGUUGGUGAUACCGCUGCUGCUGCAGGCCACCCUAUGCUCUUCUGUCUCAAGACCUCAGACUCUCAGAUUGGUGUACAAGCUUACAAAGCACGUAUGUCGGGUGCUUCUGGUGGAGUUCCAUUUCAAAGCUAA